AGGAAGGUGGCUUGGGAGUGGCCCGGAGGAGCCGGCGGUGGCCCGAGAAGAGAGGGACGGAGCCGGGAGCCAUGCCGCGCUGAGGGGGGGCUUCCAGCCACCGCCACCGCCGCCGCCGCCUCCCGGGUGGGUGCCCUUCACGCCCGACGAGGGUUUCAUCACCUUAAAUGGUUUUGAACCAAUGAAGCUGUGUCCCCUUAAAGAGACAGACAACCCAUCGUGUGAACCAUAGAGUUUGUGGACAGAUUAAUAUUGAGUUCAUGGUGGCGUAAUGCACGCAGACUCCUGUGAGUUCCCUUAAGUUCUUAGAGGACCGCUUUGCCUUUUGAAUCAGAGAGUUGCAAAGUUCGAUAAAGAAUGGCCCUUCUGGAUAAGCACAAAGUCAAGCAACAGCGAUUGGACAGAAUUUGUGAAGGUAUCCGACCCCAGAUCAUGAACGGCCCCCUGCACCCCCGGCCCCUGGUGGCGCUGCUGGACGGCAGAGACUGCACUGUGGAGAUUCCCAUUCUGAAGGACCUGGCCACUGUGGCCUUCUGCGACGCGCAGUCCACACAGGAGAUCCACGAAAAGGUGUUAAAUGCCGUGGGUGCUAUGAUGUACCACACCAUCACCCUCACCAGGGAGGAUUUGGAGAAGUUCAAAGCCCUGAGAGUGAUCGUUCGGAUCGGCAGCGGCUAUGACAAUGUGGACAUCAAGGCUGCUGGCGAGCUUGGGAUCGCUGUGUGCAACAUCCCAUCUGCAGCCGUGGAAGAGAUGGCCGAUUCCACCAUCUUCCCCAUCCUCAAUCUGUACCGGCGGAACACGUGGCGGUACCAGGCACUGCGGGAAGGGACGAGGGUACAGAGCGUGGAACAGAUUCGAGAGGUGGCCUCAGGAGCAGCCCGAAUCCGUGGAGAGACACUGGGCCUCAUCGGCUUUGGUCGCACGGGGCAGGCGGUUGCUGUUCAAGCCAAGGCCUUUGGAUUCAGCGUCAUAUUUUAUGACCCCUACUUGCAGGAUGGCAUAGAGCGAUCCCUGGGUGUGCAGAGGGUCUACACCCUACAGGAUUUGCUGUAUCAGAGUGACUGUGUCUCCUUGCACUGCAAUCUCAAUGAACAUAACCACCACCUCAUCAAUGACUUUAUUAUAAAGCAGAUGAGGCAAGGGGCAUUCCUAGUGUAUGCAGCCCGAGGUGGCCUGGUGGAUGAGAAAGCCUUAGCCCAGGCCCUCAAAGAGGGCAGGAUACGAGGGGCAGCCCUUGAUGGGCACGAAUCUGAGCCCUUUAGCUUUGCUCAGGGUCCAUUGAAAGAUGCACCAAAUCUCAUCUGUACUCCUCACACAGCCUGGUAGAGUGAACAAGCAUCCCUGGAGAUGAGGGAGGCAGCUGCCACUGAGAUCCGCCGAGCAAUCACAGGAUGAAUCACAGAAAGCUUAAGAAACUGUGUCAACAAGGAAUUCUUCGUCACAUCAGCUUCUUGGUCAGUAAUAGACCAGCAAGCAAUUCAUCCUGAGCUCAAUGGUGCCACAUACAGGUAUCCACCAGGCAUUGUAGGUGUGGCCCCGGGAGGACUUCCUGCAGCCAUGGAAGGCAUUAUCCCUGGAGGCAUCCCGGUGACUCACAACCUCCCCACAGUGGCACAUCCUUCCCAAGCUCCCUCUCCCAACCAACCCACAAAACAUGGGGAUAAUCGAGAGCACCCCAACGAGCAAUAGCAGAGAAUACUGAAAGGUAAUCAUUUGGAUAAACUUGGGACCAAAAGACAGUGAAAAAUGGAUGAACUAAGAAAAGUCUUUGACAGUCUUUUUAACUGAUCCUGGACAUACACAUCCUUGAUGUUGCAGUGUUAAACCUACAAGAGCUAGAAAACUGAAGAUGUCUGCUUGCGGAAGCGCUGAAAGACUAGGACGUGACUUAUUAACGACCAACUUCUGUUAUUGUAUGUUAAGUUUUUCAUCUGUGCAUCAAAUCACAAAGAAUAAAUAGAGCUUUUUCCUUUA